AAGAUUGGAUAAUCCUCCCGUAGCCUGUUGUUAUGCGCCGCGUUUAGGUAGUAUGUCGCGUGAACAUCGUGUAAGUGUCGUCAGGUGCGAAUACAAUGCUGUUGCACCGCGCUGAGGGUAGACGAAUGUAGUCGCGAUAUCUUCCGUGCGCACGCUUGAUCAAGCAUACUUUAGUGCAUAUAUUCGUGUUCAAGUUGUCCUAUUUUAAGUUUCAAGUAGAGUCAUGUAAAUAAUGUCUUUGAAAUAGAUGGAUUCCGCGUGGUAUUUUGUGCUGGGUGUCCGGAUGUGCAGCUUUACGAUCAAGCUCAGAAAUAUCCUCCGGUAACAUUCUCAGCUCUGUGGAGUGCGUCCCAAUCCCAGGAGCGAGCGGGGGAGCGCCGCGACGUUGAUGCGUUCUCCCAGAAGCCCCGGCUCCCUGGAGCGAUGAGCGCAGGCCCCGGGUUGGAGGCGGAGCCGGAUUCCGAGCACGGCUCCGAGCUGGAGGACAUGGUGUCGGCCAUCGCCGUGUCGGCCGGCCGGGGGGCGGCGCCGACGGGGGCGAAGAACGGAGCGCCCCGGCGGCUCCGCCUCACCGACAGGACGCUGUCCCUGCAGGAGCGCGAGGCCUACCAGGGCUCCUCCAGGCUGGCCCGCAGGCCCACCGUCGAGUCCAAGCACGUGUCCGUCUCGGACGCCCCGGACUGCGUCCAGCUGAACCAGUACAAGCUGAAGAGCGAGAUAGGAAAGGGUUCAUAUGGGGUGGUGAAGCUGGCCUACAAUGAAGAUGAUGACAAGUAUUAUGCAAUGAAAGUUGUUUCGAAGAAGAAGCUGAUGAAACAGUACGGAUUUCCACGUCGUCCCCCGCCUCGUGGGGCCCAGACUGCUCAGGGGGAUCGGGCCAAGGUUCUGGGUCCUCUGGACAGGGUCUACCAAGAGAUCGCCAUCUUGAAGAAACUGGACCACCUCAACAUUGUCAGGCUUGUGGAGGUUCUGGAUGAUCCUGCUGGUGAUAACCUUCACAUGGCAUUUGAAUUGAUGCAGAAAGGCCCGGUGAUGGAGGUUCCCUCCGAAAAUCCUUUCACCGAGGAGCAGACCCGCCUCUACUUCAGAGACAUUGUCCUGGGCAUUGAGUACUUGCACUAUCAGAAGAUCAUCCACCGGGACAUCAAGCCCUCCAACCUGCUGCUGGGAGACGACGGGCGGGUCAAGAUCGCCGACUUCGGGGUCAGCAACGUGUUCGAGGGGAGCGACGCGCUCCUGAGCAGCACGGUCGGGACGCCCGCCUUCAUGGCGCCGGAGACACUCAGCGACGACUACAAGAUCUUCAGCGGGAAGGCCCUGGACGUCUGGGCGAUGGGAGUCACGCUGUACUGUUUCGUGUUUGGAAAGUGCCCUUUUAUCGAUGAGUACAUCCUGGCUCUGCACAAUAAGAUCAGGAGCGAGCCCGUGGAGCUUCCCGAGACGCCAGCCAUCAGUGAAGACCUGCAUGAGCUCAUCCUGAGAAUGCUGGAGAAGGACCCGGCCUUGAGGAUCACCAUUCCUGAGAUCAAGGUCCAUCCGUGGGUGACCCAGGGCGGCUCCGACCCCCUGCCCCUGGAGGAGGAGCACUGCACCGUGGUGGAGGUGACGGAGGAGGAGGUGCAGAAUUCCGUCAAGCUGGUUCCCAGCCUGUCUGCGGUGAUCCUGGUGAAGUCCAUGCUCAGGAAGCGUUCCUUUGGCAACCCUUUUGAGUGUCCUGGAAAGACGGAGAGGUCCAUGUCUGCCCCAGGAAGUCUCCUUAUGGACUCGCGACUCCUGCGAUCCUCGCUAAGGAAAAACAGCAGUGGGGAUGGGAGCAGAGAGGGAGAGCUGGAGGACCUGCAGGAAGACGAGCCUUUGCCCUGAGCGUGCCAGGAAGCCCCGCCCCCUCCCCUUGGGGUACCCCCCUCCAGCACCAUUCCAGACACAGCAUUUUUGCUCACAGAAACACUUAGAAAGUUCCGGUUUGCUUUAAUAAUGCAUUUACACAGACUAUGAUUUUUUUUAUAUUUUUGAAAUGGCUUGAAAUAGAUACGACUCAACUCCCUACUGGCAAAACAGGCACCAAAUUCUUAAAAGCUUGGUGAUGACCCACGCAGUCUGACUAUGGAAAUGUCAGAAUUCUGCUUUUUUCAAUGUGUUUGGUACUCUAUUUCCCCAGAGGUAUAUUUGGGGGG